AUGGGUCUCCUGCUAGUAGCGUCAAUUCUCAUAAUCCUGAUUUGCUUUUACAAUUUCUAUUACAAACGUCUUGGUCUCCCUCCAGGCCCAACGCCAUGGCCCAUCCUUGGAAAUCUGCCACAGUUGGCACAAAAGCCUCCAGGAACUGACGUCUUUUUUGAAUGGAGAGACAAGUACGGCCCCGUAUUUACCUAUUGGAUGGGCGAGAAGCCGGUUGUCGCAUUCGCUGAUUACAAAACGUUAGAUCAAACGUUCAACAAGGAUGGAGAAAACUUUUCGGGACAUGACUUUUUUCCGGAUUUUUAUUUGAACUUAAAAUGUAAGUGAUCGCUCAAAUAUUACACUCCAAGCCUUUCCAUUGUUUCUGGAAUACUAGUGGUCGACAAAAACCAUUUUUGCCACAUAGGGGUUCAAAAAUAAUUGGCGAUUUUCAGCUUACACGGUCCAGGGAAUCAGUGGAAUGGAAGGCGCGCUUUUCAAAGAGCAUCGAUCGUUUGUUGUCAAGUCCCUCCGAAAUUUAGGCUUGUCCAAGAGCUCAGUACAAGAUAAGGUAAAGAUUCAGUCUAUUAUGCAGUGGGGGAUCUGAUCGAUUGGCAAAACACGUACCAUUUUGCAUCCAGGAGGCAUCAAAAAAUGUGGAAAAUUACCUCCCUCUCCAAGUGAAAAAAGCUCAGAUUUCAAAAGCGAGCCCGUUUGUGAGGAAAAUGGGCGCGCCCUUCAAAACAAAGUUUUUUCACUUGGAGAGGGAAGCAUUUUGCCACAUUUUUAAUACUUCCCGGAUGCAAAAUGGUACGAUUUUUGCCACUGGAUCAGCUCCCCCAUUGUAGGUCAGGGAUAGGCCUGAGUUUGUCUGGGUCCUGUUGCUGGGGCUGUCUGGCCUGAGAAAACAUUAGAAACCGAGUCCGAGUAGGAGAAUGCUUAAAAUUUGAGGAAAAAUGAGAUUCUGGACCACCUGAUUCAGAAGUUUUUGGCCUAGCGUAUGCCCGAAGGGCCUAGCUCUUUUGUCUUUCUCAUAAAUCAUGUUUAAACUUUUCUAUCGAUGAAUUUUAGGUGCUUAGACAAAUCUCCAACAUGUUUGAAAGCCUUGACGAAGAGGUCCAAGCUGGCGCAACUUACCACCUCCUAGGCGGUCACAUCGACUUUGUUAUUGGAAAUGUUGCCAAUAUAUUUCUUUUCGGUCAUGGAUUUUCAAAGGUAAAAGUUUAAGCAGGCUUGCAAUCAGACUUAAUGUUCUUUUCAGCAACACAAUGACUUUAUCGCCCUCCGCGCAACUGUGAAUCGAUACAUGGCCACAGUGAUGACGCCUGCCGCUUUGUUGAUCAUGUCACAUCCUCGUAUCUUCAAACACCUCCCAUUCUUCAAGGGAGUUUACAAUCAGAUCGAUGAACGGAUCGGUGAUAUGCUGUGUUAUGUGGAUAGACAAAUUCAAGAGCAUUUGGUGGAAAUUGAGAGAAAUCCGGAGACCUCUGAUGAUUAUGUUUCCUCGUUCCUGCGGGAAAUGGAAAAGCGAGAGGGGAGAGAUGGCUUCACGUAAGCUUGUGUUCUUGCUUCCCACCGCUUUAGUUUAACCGUAUAUCCUGAUUUCCAGCGUGUCCCAGCUUCGCGGCAUCCUUGUCGAUCUGUGGUUGGCCUCACAAGAUGCCACUUGCUCGACGCUGAAUUGGGGAAUCGUUUAUUCGAUUCACAAUCAAGAGAAGCAACAGAAACUUCAAGCAGAGUUGGACAGAGUUGUCGGUUGUGAUCGACUUGUUACCAUGGAGGAUAAAGCAAGCUUACCAUACGCCUCGGCUUAUUGUCUGGUAAGUACAGUGGCGGACCGGAUCCAGCGGCAAAAAACGUACCAUUUCGCAUCCGGGAAGUAUCGAAAAUGCCGAAAAAUACCUCCCUCUCCAAGCGAAAAAACUCCGAUUUCAAAAACGCUUCCUUCACAAAAAGAGCGGGGGCGCCUUUGAAAUCGGAGUCUUUCCCUUGGAAAUGGAGGCAUUUUGCCACAUUUUUGACACUUCCGGGAAGCAAAAUGCUAUGUUUUUUGCCGCUGGAUCAGGUCCGCCAUUGUAAACCACCGUUCAAGCCAUUCAAACUCAUUUUUCCAAAACCUCUGACUUGUAGGAGAUCCAACGACUUGCCAACAUUGUAACUCAAAGUCUGAUGCAUCGGAAUUUCAAAGACACCAUGGUAAAUGGGCAUAAAAUCAAAGCAGGCACGUCAAUUAUGCCUCUGAUCACCCUAGUUCUGUAUGAUCCGAAUAUUUUCGAGAAUCCCCUUGAAUUCAAACCGGAGAGGUUCUUAGAUUCGGAUGGAAGCUUGAAGAGCUGCCCAGAGUUAAUCGCCUUCUCAGCGGGCCGACGAAUCUGCCCUGGAGAGGCGUUGGCUAAAGCGGAAGUGUUCUUAAUCAUCACGAAUCUGCUUCAUCGUUACAAACUAACACCUGUGCGUGGCGAAGAGCCGAGCUUGAAGAGGAAUUUCGGCUUCACUGUGGCUCCAGAGCCGUAUAAAGUGGAGCUGGCGAGAAGGUUUUGA